CAUAGAAAUGAGUGCCCUGCAUUUCGGUGCUGCGUUUUGUUCCUGCAUCAGCCUCCUGUGCCUGCUCUCUGCCUUGGCCUCAGACUACUGGGUAGCAGAGUCCGAAAUACAUAUGGGUCUAUGGAAAUUGUGUGAUCAUGAAGAAUGUCACCCAUUUGGUGUGAAAGAGGUAUCAGCUUCCAUACAUGCCACCCGAACCUUCAUGUUACUGGGGGUGAUCGCUGGAGUUGUCUCUCUCGGUGGGCUUUGCGUCAUGACUAGGCAACCCAGUCUGGGCAAUAUCUCCAUAAGCCGGAUCACAUGUAUUGCCAGCUUUACUGCAGGCUUCUGCGUCAUGAUUGCUAUGUCCAUUUUCACAGGAAUGACUGGUUCCACCAACUUCUAUGGAUGGUCUUUCGGCUUUGGUUGGGCCUCUUUUCCUUUAUACUUUCUAAUUGGUUAUCUUACUUAUAUGUUGUAUAAGAAUACAACAUCAACAGCAUAGGAGAACUACAACACUGUCUUUGGAGAUGACCAGUGAAGCUGCAUUGGUAACCUGGAGGCAUAGAUCAGAAUUAUUGGCCCUGCACCAAAUUUAUAAGCUGAAGCAUGAAGGCAGAAGAAUUAGUUUAAAUGUAGAAAAACAGCCAUACAUUCCCAGCCCCUCCCCAUCCCAUUUUUCUCUAAAAUAUCCAGGUUGUUUCUUUCUGAAGUCCAUUUGGAUUUGCAAAUGUUAAGAACUUUGGGAGACUUCUGCAAGCAGGUCCCAGAAAGCCUGAAUUCUACUCUUCUCCCUUCUUUCCUGUUCCAGGAAACCAAAGGUGCUUUUUGGUUUAUCUGUGGUCUCCAAGGUCCCCACCAGGGGUCUGCAACCUUAAACACUCAAAGAGCCAUUUGGACCCAUUUCCCACAGAAAAGAAAACACCGGGAGCCACAAAACCUGGGUGGGAGUGGCUAAAUCGACAUCACUCACUCCCAACAGUCAUAUGACCCCCUAGCCAUGCCUACACAGGGCAGAGAACUGGUUGUUAAAAAACACCGGGAACCACAAAACCCUUUUGACAUCUCUCUCUCCCUCCCGCCCGCCCUCUUCCUCUCUUUUUCUGUCUCUCUCUACAUCUCUCUCUCCCCCUUUCUCUGCCCCGGCUGCUUUCCAUCCCCCACCAUCAACUUUACCUUCUCAGGGCAGUCAAGGAGUGACUGGGAGGGGAGGGUGAGGGGCGGGGUCAACCAGUGGUGGGAUCACCUGACAGGGACCCCCAGUAGUGGGCCCAAAGAGCUGCAUGCGGGUCUAGAGCCACAGGUUGCUGACACCCAGUCCACAGCUAUUUGCACUAUCCAGGUGACCCAGAGGGCACAGAUAAACCUCCAAGUGGCCUCCACGACUUUUAGAAACCAGAUGACCGCAAGGCAUAUAAAUCCUUUCCCUCCUCCACCAUUCAAUCAGAACUGAAGAAGCAUCCUGGAUGAGAAGUGAAACAUCUUCAAGGAGGAAAAAAAGUCCAAUUGCCUUUUGUAAAAGGAACUUUUGGGCUAUCCCUGAUCUGGAUGACUGAGAAUCUCCAUAGAUUCUGUCAGGAAAGUUGAUUUCCAUUCUGCCCAAGGGAAAAAAAUAAAAUAAAAUUAAUUUUCUUCCUGCCAAAACAAAAUGGGAUGGGAUUGUCCCUGGCAUCCCUUCCUUCCUCUGAUGGGGAUCAAGAAUUCUCUGGAUAAAAAUCCCCAACUUCACCUUCAUUGCAUCUCAGACUUCCCCCUUUUCCAUAUCGUACCUUUAAAAUUUUAUUUUCUAGAAAUCAGAGUUUUUGCAUUUUAGGAUAAGGAACUCUAAAGAAUUGUAUUACUCGUGGCAUACGCUCUCAGGCUUUGGCAUUUUAUAAUUGUAUCUUAUAAAUCACCUGUUCUUCAGCAUCAUAUCUGCAUAAUCACCUGUUCUUAUGUCACCUGUUCUUCAACAGAGUCUUUAGGUCUGAAAGUAUUUGGAGGGGAAAAUGAUAUUUCCAAUUCAGUUGAAUUUAUGCAAUUUGAACUGCUUUCAACAAUGGCUUUUGUAUCAAUGAGUGAACUUUUUAUCUCUAAACAUGUACAAAAUAUAUUCUCCAAUAAAAA